AUGCAUGACAAUUGGCACACUAAAUAUCCUAAACUUGGAAAUUAUGCAGAUAGAGUUGCCAAAGCCAUAUGGGCUACAUUAUCAAAGUUCCAGGAAUUUGAUUUUCAAAAGUCAAACUUUGAACUUUCAAAAGUUUUCAAGGUCAUUUCCUCAUCCCAAGUGGGGACUCUAUUUGUAAAGGGUACAAUAGAUUAUUGGAACCAUCUUGUUUCCAAUAAUAAAUCUCAAAUAAUUUCAAAAUGCUUUGAGUACUCCAAGUCACAGAUAAUAGGGGGAAUUGAUUUUGAAGAUUUGGGAAUAACCAAGAAGUGGACAGAUAAUGCACUAGUGAAGGCAGUGUCAAUGAAAUACUUAGAAAUGACUAAAGUUCUUGUGGAAAAAAUUUCAGAUGUCAAUACACAGGGAGGGGAGUACGAGAAUACACUACAGGCAGCAGCAUAUGAUGGAAAUCCAGAUAUAGUCAAGUUUCUUGUAGAGAACAAUGCAAAUCUCAAUGCAGAAGAAGGAUUUUUUGAAAAGGCAAUGCAGGCAGCAGUAUAUAAGGGAAAUCUGGAUAUAGUCAAGUUUUUUGUUGAGAAAAAUGUGGAUGUCAAUGCACAGGGAGGGGGAUAUGGGACUGCACUGCAAGCAGCAGCAUAUAGGGGAAAUCUAGCUACAGUCAAGUUUCUUGUGGAGAAAAAUGCAAAUGUCAAUGCACAGUUUGACCAAGUCCAGCUCCCAAGGAUUGACCCAAGAUCAGGAAGUGCCAGGCUGAAAGAAAACAUUGCGUAG